UGGUACCAGAAGCUCACUGCAAACGUGCACUAUUAAGGGCCCUAGACAUCUAUUUUACGAAGUGAUUUAAAACAUGGAUUCAUCAUCGACCAGUUCUAAACUCAUCUAUAAAAUGCCUGAUGAGGACAUCAAAAAACUGAUACAGCUGCGGUCAAGCAACUCAGCGCUUUUUGACGGGAGGAAAAAUUCUUCAAAAACAGCCUGGGGCGCAAUUCUAAGAGAAAUGGGGCUUGAGGAAAGGAUGACAACUGAACAGAUUGCCAAAAAGUGGGAAAACCUAAAAGCAAGAUACAAGGAUGCAAAAUAUCCUCCCAGUGGUGUGGAGAAGAACCCCACAUGCUGGAAAUGGUUUAAUCUCAUGGAUGAUGCACUGAGUGAGGAAUUCGAGGAGAAGAUCAACCAGACUUCCUCAAUUGUUGUCAGUAAUGAAGCACCUCAGCCCAGUAAGAGGUUACGACAGAUAAAAGUUGGAGGUGAAAUACUGGAAUUCUUGGAAGAGGAAGAAACUGCGAUAAAUGUAACACCAGGGAGCACACCACAUUCGGUUAAGCAGGGAAGACUAAAAGGCAAACAAGCUGGUAAAGGGAGUCUGGACAUUAUGAGACCGAAACUUCAAAGAGAGAGACAACUUCUGGCGAAGGAAUUUGGAGGCCUGGACAGAGAGAAAGCUCUUUUGGAGCGGCAAAGGGCCCUUGCGGAUAGAGAAAGAGCUGCGCUACAGAGAGACCGAGCUCAGCUAGAAAAAGACAAAGCCGCGGUCGGAAGAGACAAGGCAACACUGGAACACGACAAAGUCAGACUCGAGAAAGACAGACGAGAUUUACACAGGGACAGACUGGCUCUUGAAAGAGACAAAAGGUCUCCGGAUUUCGCCAAACGUGUAAAAAGCGGUGCAGAGUGUAAUGGGUUAGAUUGUCCUCAUGGCAAGACCAGAGAAAAAUUAUCAAGGUUACUUGAAAAAGUGAUUGAAAAGAUUUGAAGCAAAGAAUCAAGGAAGGAAAGGACAAUUAAAUGCAAACUGCGUAAGGAGUAAUGGAAUUCUGCUUGAGUUGUUGUCUUUUUGGUCUGUAUUGACCAUCUAACCUUUGUUAGUAAAUUAUUUUUGUAUCUCACGCUCUGUGAGUGUUUGUGUUUGAUCAACAUGCCCACAUCUGAUGCCAAGAAUGGAAUUCAGAUACACAGGGACCAAAAAUAGAUGUAUUUUUUUCAAGAUAAAAGAUAUUUAGCGUUUUGUUGAUUUGUAACUGGAGUGUGACAUCUAGAUAUCUGAACGGUUCUAAUAUAACAUAUGUAUCUUAUGAUACCAAUGUCUUCAGGUAAAUGAUACAUUUGGUGCUGUACAAUAAAUGUAAAACAAACACAAAA